GGUAAGACAGGUGAGGGAGUUCUCCACGACCGCGGCGCACAGGCGACAGACGACCGACCACCGACCACCGACCACGACUGGGACGUAGCAAGGGCGGCGACCUCGACACCUCAGCUGUUGGCACGCACUACUCACAGCACGACCACAUGGCGGUUUCCACCCUCAACAUGGCACCCUACUUUACGGGAUACCCUUUUCAAGGCCAGGGCCGCGUGAACCAGUUGGGCGGGGUGUUCAUCAACGGGCGGCCGCUGCCCAACCAUAUCCGGCUGAAGAUCGUCGAGAUGGCGGCGGCCGGCGUGCGGCCGUGCGUCAUCUCCCGCCAGCUGCGCGUGUCACACGGCUGCGUCUCCAAGAUCCUCAACCGCUACCAGGAGACCGGCUCCAUACGGCCCGGCGUCAUCGGCGGCUCCAAGCCGCGCGUCGCCACGCCCGAGGUGGAGGCGCGCAUAGACGACUACAAGAAGGCCAACCCGGGCAUCUUCAGCUGGGAGAUCCGCGACCGCCUCAUCAAGGUAGGCGACCCACAGGACGGCGUGUGCGACAAGAACAGCGUGCCCUCCGUGUCCUCCAUCAGCCGGCUGCUGCGCGGCGGUCGCCGCGACGACGCCGACCUCCGCAAGAACCACUCCAUAGACGGCAUCCUCGGUCCGAGCAGCGCCGACGAGUCGGACACGGAGUCCGAGCCAGGCAUCCCACUGAAGCGCAAGCAACGGCGGUCGCGAACGACGUUCUCAGGAGACCAGCUCGAGACGCUGGAGCGCGCCUUCCAGCGCACGCAGUACCCGGACGUCUACACCCGCGAGGAGCUCGCCCAGAAGACGAAGCUGACAGAGGCACGCGUGCAGGUGUGGUUCAGCAACAGGAGAGCACGCCUCCGCAAACAGCUCAACAGCCAGCAGCUGAACGCCUUCAACUCCAUGUCGCUACAACCGGCAUUCCCCACGCAGUACGAUCCCACAGCCAACUUCAAUGCACAGGGCCACGCAAGCUCGUGGGCGCAGUCGGGCUACCCCACGGCGUACAACGCGGCAGCAGCCGCCGGCUACGGCGCAGCGGCAGCGGCGGAGGCGGCUGCGGCGGCGGCCGUGGCAGGGGGCGGCGUGGGCGGCGGCGUCGGCGUGGGCGGCGUGGCGCAGGCGGCGGGCGGCGGCGCCGCGGUGGCGCAGUUCGGCGGCUACCACGGAGCCGGGAGCGGCGCCGCAGCGCAGCACUGCCAGGCGUCGCCCUGGACGCGGCCGCACCCCCAGCACCCGCAGCCCGUGCAGACCAAGCAGGAGGUGUCGGCCGCCGCCGCCGCGGCCGCCGCGUGCUGGCCCGACAACUACAGUUUGUUUGCGAGCGGAGCGACGCACUACGGCGGUGCCAACCUGACGCCGCACUCUCCCGGAGAAGCGAAGUCCGGCUACCCGUACUUCGGCCAGCUGAGCAGCAUGGACGCCGGGAUGGUUUGCAGUCGUGUCCACUAGGCUCCACGGGAAGCAGCGAGGAAGAGGCCCGAAGCUGGCCGCGUCACACUGUCAUCACACCGAUGCUACUGUGCCGCCGUCCAAACCUGCUACCUUGUUAUCGAAACUCUACGAUUCGAGCGAACAGACCACGCAACGCAGCUUCCUGCAGACAUUCUGCUGAACAUAUGCCAAUCAUAGGACAAAGUGGCACAAACACCAUUUACUGAUAGCAUGUUCCAACUGCAAACAGCCACAGGUUACUCCCCAUCUCACCUGACAAAUACUGUGAAUUGGAACUCGUCUCCUUUGCUAAACCUAGCAAAUUAUCUCACUAAUGAUCAAGAAAUCUUGAAUGAAAAUAAGAAAUGUGUUAGUGGAUCGUAUGCCAGUAACAGAGAGCGUGUGACGGAGAUUUUUCCAGCAGAGUUCUCACAUCUGCAGCUUUCCACUUAUUCAAAACAGUGUAAUCUACAGUGCUGAUUUCAGGUUCGCACAGUUUGAUUCCUGCAGGGAGAUGUCACGAGUGACUCUACAUUUUAAUUAUCUGACUUAUUUUCGCGGAACGAAUUCUUCGUUAAGGAAAUAUUUCUUCGUUAAGGAAAUAUUCCUGUUGCUACGCGUCAUUAUCUCUCUGUCUAUCCUAAAUCAGCAAUAGGAUGUUGAUAUGUGUCUUUUAUGUUGGUAAUACCAGAAACCAGGUCUCACUUCAAAGACAUUAAAGCUUGGUACUUUUUUCACAUUGAGAAUGAAAUUCAUAGCUUCAGACGUUAAAGUAAUUCGUCGAACCUCGUUCAGUCUGUGAGAUUGUAAUUGUCACAAUUUGUUUUCAGUCCAUGAGCACUACUCUCUUAAUAUUUUGCUUUAGCUGACACAAAUAUCUUAUAACUGUAUGAUUACAGAAUCCUUUAAAAAGAUAGGAAGCAGAAUUUUAAAAUUUUACCAAUUCCAUCCAUUGUACCGUCUCAUAAUCAGAUGAUGUUUUGCUAUAAUAUUUAAAACGAAUUUAUAAAUAUGCUAUUUUGUAUUUGUAAUUUGUAUAGUGUAUUUAUUAAUAAAUAAGUACUAAGCAUCAAUGUACUAGCGUCUACAUUGUAAAUAAUAGGUCUCAUAAUUUGAAACAUAUGUUUUUAUUAAUAUAUAUUUUCAAUAUGGGUGAAGACGUUUGUACAUAUUCCAGUGUAGAUAGUCUGUAUAGAGCGUCAAAUACAUCUCAAAAUGUCUGUUGCAGAUUUGUUCACUAUGUUAACGAACUUAUUACUUUCAUCAACAAAUGGUUAGCAAAAGAGUUGUACCCAUCUUUGGCGCUUAUUGUUUUCGUAUACAGAAGUGUAUUCGAGAAAACAAGAAUCGAAAUACAUGCAAACCGACAGGAAAAAAUUAUUUUAUAUCCAGUGCGUGGAUCAUAAUGAGAAAAAUUUUCUCUGAUUUUUCGCUUGAGUCAUGAGCAGCAUCUUCUGGCAGUCGCUCUACUAUAGUUGACCAUAACGUACUAAAUAAUGAAGUGAUGCCUGCUUGUAACAAGUGUGACAGUGAGGGGACAAAUAUUAUGUUGUUAUAACAGAUAAUGACCAUGAAAACCGCUAACAGCGUUGUUGGUACUUCUUUCACACAUGUUGAUUAUGGCACUGGUGAUAAAACGUAGAAUCCCGAAAACUCAACAAAAAUUAAAUUUCUACAAAAAUUUUAGACUCGCUCACCCUUUAGUUUUCCAUUAUUCAGAAGUUUUCUUCCCUUUUAUUAUUCAGUGACGAGUCAGAGGUAGGUGACAAUAAUGAUAGUAAUAACUGUUGUAAUAACAUACGAUGCAACUAUUUCUAACGUACUAGAGCGACAGAUGCGUUAGUGAGCAAAUUAGUUUCCACUUACAUCUUUACGUUGUAAAAUUGUUUGUAAGAACAUCGCUGCAAUGACCGUGAUCUAGCCGCCAGGUGCCUUACCGAUAUUUCACCUUCAGCUUGUCAUUCGCGAAUGACUUAAUACAUUGUGCGUAGUUCAAAUCAUACCGAGAAUAAAAAUAGUUUUGUAGCUAUUGGAAUGAAUUUACACGAAGUGUUAAUUUACAUCGUCAUGUGUUUUAUGAAACCAACAUAAGCUGGAGAGAAAUGUUAUAUGAUUGUAAAUUACUUAGAAUAUUUUUUAUUUGUAACAUUUUUGCUAACAUUUAAGAGUUUGGGUAUGCUACACCACAAACAAAGAAGUUUUAUGUAGUAAACAACAUUUUGUACAUUGAUUUUUUAAUUUAUUGCUUCCUAUACAAUUUUAGAGUGCCUUGUUAUAGCUUAAGUGCCUUAGAAAAAUCUCUGCUACGAAAUCGUUAUAAAAUUAUUACUUCUCACUAUUUAUACAUCGUCAAUUUGUAGAUACCAACAGUUAGAUUCAUUAAAUAAUUAAUAAGUUUGAGAAGUUUGUAAUAAUCACUUUUCGUGAUUUUUCUUGUAAUAGUGUUACAUGUACAUGGGAGAAUUUUUAAAAAAAUAAAUCUUCGUAUAAAGUAA